ACCUCAAACUCAACAUCACAAACCAAGGAAGCGGGUGAGAGGCUCUGGCUGUGACCGGGCACAUUUAUUCAUUGAACAGACGUUUUGAAAUGCGACAAGGUGCUGAAUUUUGUUGCUAAUAUUAAUACGGUGAUUUAAUGUGUGGGAAAGUCGAUAUCGGGCUGUGGCAUCGCUAUCACCCUAAACUUCUAAAUUACUGCGAUUCCAAAUUAGAAGCAGGUUUGAAUGGAUAGCUUUUUUCUCUGCUCUCCCCCAGACGAGGGACAAUCGGAGGAGCACACGGACUGGGAACAUCGAAGGGAAAGUUGUAUUUCAAUGUGCAUUGAUAGUUUAUGAACAUUUGUUUUUCCCGAUUGACUCAUUUCGUUAGUUGGCUGCCUUGUGCCAGUUGGCUUUAAAACAGGGCAACAGUAUUUGUUUCUCAGGCUGCAGGUCGUGAGUUGUCUUUCUCACUUCACCUAUUGCCCCAUAUUACCCGGGGUAAAAGUCGGGAUUUAUUUAAUUCAACGGGUCUCCCUUUUUUGGAGCCGUAGUCAUCACCACCGUCAGCGACUUGCACCCAUCAAGGCGCCGAGAUUGGGCGAAUAGCAAGCAAAUACGUCCGCGUUUCUCUGCCUGCUCCCCCACCGACCUCCUCCCCUCAAUCCCCGGCGCUGACGGGAGAAAAGGCCGAGGUUGUUUUAGAACAGGCCCAGCCGACCAGGUUUGACCUGUCUAUUCCACCUCCGCACCCUCAAACACCUCACCAACAACCCAGUAACCGGCUCCCCGCGGAACCAGCAACCGACAAGUUCGAGGGGAACAAAGACAACAGGCAUCAUCAUCUCUUCACAACAGUUGCCAACAUGAACCACCACCACACUCAACAACAGCAGCAGCAGAAAGCCGGCGAGCAACAACUUAGCGAGCCCGAGGAUAUGGAGAUGGAAGCUGGGGACACAGACGAUCCCCCGAGAAUCCCAGCCAACCCGGUGAUUAACGGGAACGUUGCCAUGGCAGACGGACACAACACAGAGGAGGACAUGGAGGAUGAUACCAGCUGGCGUUCGGAGGCGACAUGUCGUUUUGUGGUGGAGAGGUUCAGCCGGCUGAGUGAGUCUGUUCUCAGCCCGUCCUGCUUCGUCAGGAACCUGCCCUGGAAGAUCAUGGUGAUGCCUCGCUUCUACCCAGACCGGCCGCACCAGAAGAGUGUUGGCUUCUUCCUGCAGUGCAACGCAGACUCCGACUCCACGUCCUGGUCGUGCCACGCUCAGGCCAUGCUGAAGAUCAUCAACUAUAAGGAUGAUGAGAAGUCGUUCAGCCGCAGAAUCAGCCACCUCUUCUUCCACAAGGAGAACGACUGGGGCUUCUCUAACUUCAUGUCCUGGAGCGAUGUGACUGAUCCAGAGAGAGGCUUUGUGGAGGAUGAUCAAGUCUCCUUUGAAGUCUAUGUGCAGGCAGACGCUCCUCACGGAGUGGCGUGGGACUCCAAGAAACACACCGGCUACGUGGGUCUGAAGAACCAGGGAGCGACAUGUUAUAUGAACAGCCUCCUACAGACCCUGUUCUUCACCAACCAGCUGCGGAGGGCGGUGUACAUGAUGCCUACAGAGGGAGACGACUCGUCUAAGAGUGUUCCGCUGGCUCUACAGAGGGUUUUCUAUGAGCUGCAACACAGCGACAAGCCCGUCGGCACCAAGAAACUUACCAAGUCCUUUGGGUGGGAGACAUUAGACAGCUUCAUGCAACACGACGUUCAGGAGCUCUGCAGAGUGCUCCUGGACAACGUUGAGAACAAAAUGAAAGGCACCUGCGUGGAGGGAACCAUCCCCAAACUGUUCAGAGGAAAGAUGGUGUCCUAUAUCCAGUGUAAGCACGUCGACUACCGGUCAGAGCGGAUAGAGGAUUACUACGACAUCCAGCUCAGUAUCAAAGGAAAGAAAAACAUCUUUGAGUCCUUUAAGGACUAUGUCGCCGUGGAGCAGCUUGACGGAGACAACAAAUACGACGCAGGAGAACACGGUCUACAGGAAGCGGAGAAGGGUGUGAAGUUCCUGACUUUCCCUCCCAUACUGCACCUGCAGCUGAUGAGGUUCAUGUACGACCCUCAGACCGACCAAAACAUCAAGAUCAACGACAGGUUUGAGUUUCCGGAGCAGCUUCCCCUGGAUGAGUUUCUCCAGAAGACUGACUCUAAGGACCCGGCCAACUACAUCCUGCAUGCCGUGCUGGUCCACAGUGGAGACAACCACGGAGGACACUAUGUUGUCUACCUCAACCCCAAAGGAGACGGAAAAGUCAGCGUCAAGGAGCCCAUCUGGUGUAAGUUUGAUGAUGACGUGGUGUCACGGUGCACCAAGGAGGAAGCCAUUGAACACAACUACGGUGGCCAUGACGACGACCUGUCAGUACGUCACUGCACCAACGCUUACAUGCUGGUGUACAUCCGCGAGUCCAAACUCAGUGAGGUGCUGCUGGCUGUAAACGACGUGGACAUCCCCCAGCAGCUGGUGGAGAGGCUUCAGGAGGAGAAGCGGGUUGAGGCUCAGAAGAGGAAGGAGCGGCAGGAGGCCCAUCUCUACAUGCAGGUCCAGAUUGUGACAGAGGACCAGUUCUGUGGUCACCAGGGUAAUGACAUGUAUGAUGAGGAGAAGGUGAAGUACACUGUGUUCAAGGUCCUGAAGAGCUCCACGCUGCAGGAGUUUGUCCAGAAUCUCUCCCAGACCAUGGGAUUCCCACAGGACCAGAUGAGGCUGUGGCCCAUGCAGGCCCGGAGCAACGGCACCAAGAGACCUGCCAUGCUGGACUACGAGGCAGACUGCAGCAAGUCUAUGAUAGACUUGAGCGACAACGAGAAUCCCUGGACUAUAUUUUUGGAGACGGUGGAUCCUGAGAUGGCUGCCAGCGGAGCAACGUUACCCAAGUUCGACAAAGACCACGACGUCAUGCUGUUCUUGAAGAUGUAUGAUCCUAAAAGCAGAAGCUUAAAUUAUUGUGGACAUAUCUACACCGCUAUAUCCUGUAAAAUACGAGACCUGCUGCCCGUCAUGUGUGAGAGAGCAGGCUUUCAACAGGAGACCAGCCUUAUCCUCUAUGAGGAAGUGAAGCCUAAUUUAACAGAGCGGAUACAGGACUACGACGUGUCAUUGGACAAGGCCCUGGAUGAGCUCAUGGACGGAGACAUCAUCGUCUUCCAGAAAGACGACCCAGAGAACGACAGCAGUGAGCUGCCCACAGCCAAGGACUACUUCCGGGACCUCUACCACCGAGUGGACGUUAUCUUCUGUGACAAGACCAUCCACAACGACCCCGGCUUUGUCGUCACACUCUCCAACAGGAUGAACUACUUCCAGGUGGCGAAGACGGUGGCUCAGAGGUUGAACACAGAUCCCAUGCUCCUCCAGUUCUUCAAGUCCCAGGGGUACAGAGACGGACCUGGGAAUCCUCUCAGACACAACUAUGAAGGAACCCUCCGAGAUUUGCUGCAGUUCUUCAAACCACGUCAACCCAAGAAACUCUACUACCAACAGUUGAAGAUGAAGAUCACAGACUUUGAGAACAGGAGGAGCUUUAAGUCCAUAUGGCUCAACAGCCAGUACAGAGAAGAGGAGAUCACUCUCUACCCAGAUAAACACGGCUGUGUCAGGGACCUGCUGGAGGAAUGUAAAAAAGCUGUGGAGCUCUCCGACAAAGGCUCAGAGAAGCUCCGACUGUUGGAGAUAGUAAGCUAUAAGAUCAUCGGGGUUCACCAGGAGGACGAGCUGUUAGAAUGUUUAUCUCCCGCCGCCAGCCGUACCUUCAGAAUAGAGGAACUUCCUCUGGACCAGGUAGACCUGGAUAAGGACACUGAGAUGUUGAUUCCUGUCGCACAUUUCCACAAGGAGGUCUUUGGAACGUUUGGAAUCCCUUUCCUGUUGAAGAUCAGACAGGGUGAGCCGUUCAGAGAUGUGAUGAGGAGGAUUCAGAGCAUGCUGGAAAUCCAGGAGAAAGAGUUUGAGAAGUUCAAGUUUGCGAUAGUGAUGAUGGGCCGGCAUCAGUACCUCACUGAGGAUGAGUACGAGGUCAACCUGAAAGACUUCCAGCCACAGCCAGGUAACAUGUCCCACCCUCGACCCUGGUUAGGCCUGGACCACUUCAACAAAGCCCCGAAGAGAGGUCGCUAUACCUACCUGGAGAAAGCUAUCAAGAUCCACAACUGAGCAACCCUCCUCUUCCUCCUCCCUCCUCUUCCUCCUCCCUCUUCCUCCUCUCUCCUCUUCCUCCUCUCUCCUCUUCCUCAUCCCUCCUCUUCUUCCUCUUUUCUUCCUCCUCUCUUUUCUUCCUCCUCUCUUCUUCCUCCUCUCUCUUCCUCCUCCCUCCUCCCUUCUCUUCCUCCUCUCUCUCUUCUUCCUCCUUAACCCACCAUAACCACAGACUGUAACCAACCAAGUGUCUGUGCCCCACCUCUAACACCUUCCACAGACAGACACCGUGAUGUCUCCUGUCACACGGAUCCAUCCAUCCAUCCAUCCAUUAGCAGGCUGCUGAUGAUGAUGAUGAUGAUGAUGAAUACUAUACCACCCCUUCGACCCAAACCCCCGCCUUCCACCCAAACCCCCUCUCCCCCUUCCUCCCCCCACCACCUCCCGCCCUUCUACUGUUUUUGAGGCUGUUAGGUUUUUGGCUUCUCUAACUCCGACUGCCUAUUUUUUUUGUCUGGAUGAAAGAAAUGAAAUUGGAGAAAGGACAGGAAGAUGAACUUUACUUUUUCCUGGUUUAUUUUGUUUUUUGUUUUUAAUGAUAAGAGUUGUUUCAAAACGUAAAGAGCGCUGCUGCGUAUAGUGGGGGGGGGGGGGGGGGG